AUGGCUGCUUCAUGGGACCUCUUGGACCAAGAGGGCGAGAUUGAGCUGCACAAAACUCGUCUCCUCAACGUGGAAGAAAAGCCUUUCAAGCGAAUAACCAAGCGUCUCAACACUCUUUCAAGCCUGACCCUACCCGCCGAAGCCCUAAACGGCCACCCAGUCGACCCUAAAUACAAACUCGACCAGCUGAAGGAGGACCUCACCCUCGAUUUUGCAGCCUUCGACAGCACCAUUACGCGACUACAGUUUCUCCACCACGCCAAUGCUCGAGAGCGUGAGCGCUAUACAGACGACCAGCAUCGCAUCCUGACCGAAUGCCAAGCCGUCCGAGCGAACAAUACCCAGCUCCGCGAGCAGCUGGAAGCCGCCCAGGCGACCCUUACGCAGCGCAAGAAGUUUGACGAGCUGGCGGAAAAGAUCACCUCGAAUCGAUUGCUCCGUCCCCGGGAAGAUCAGAUUACUAACCUGACAAAGCUGGAGGAGGAGUGCCGCGAAUUGGAACGCGAGAGUGAAACCUACAGCGAGACAUGGAGGGAGAGGAGAGAACAGUUCAACAGAAUCAUGGAGGAGGGUAUGCUGCUGAGACGGCAAAUUCGCGACGAGAAGGAAGAGGUCGACCGACGAGAAGGCAUGAAUGAGGGCGAUGACGAGGAUGCGGAGGUCGAUAAACCUGGACAAACCCCCAGGCUCGAACCAAGCGGUGACGCAACGCCGCGACCUGAAGGGGACAGCCAACUAAAGGCAGAUGGCGAUGCCGGAACGCCACUCCCAGAAGCAUCAUAUGGCGGAAGGACACCAUCGAGAGACACGCCGGGACCAGAUCAACUGAAGCCGUUGCCAGGCCCCUUGGGAUCUCUGUCCCGAAGUGGCAGCCAAGCGCCCAGUCGAGAUCCCUCCCCUAUGCCUCACCAUGACGAUAACAAGGCUGAGUCAGGAGAGGACAUAGAGAUGGAAGACGACGACACGGCGCGGCGCGUUGGGGAGGAGGGAGAGAACGCCCCCCAGGUCAUUGUUGAGCCACCUGAAGGCAAUGAUGACAAGAUGGAGGUGGAUAAUUAA